AUGAACAGUAUGACAGAUCCUGCUGGAUGCUCUGUCGGCGAAGUGGCGCAAGACGUCGAUGCAACUCCAUACUGUAGCCACGAUUGUCUUCUCCAGGCGUCACAUCCAGAAUGUUCGCACGCUAGCAUAUGCCCCAAUAGCGCCGCUCACGAUGGCCAUACUCUGGCGUCAGAUUCCUUGGUCAAUCUCCUCGAGGAUCAACUGAGAUCUUCCCGACCGAACGACACUGGCUUGACACCACUUGGAAAAUCUGGCCGACUUGGUAUCUUGUACAAGGUUCAUCUGCAUAAAACCGGUCAUCGUCUUGUGGCCAAAGGGUUUCGAAAAACAGACCUGCAAUGGCUGCUCAGAGAGGAAUCUGUAUACGACCGAUUGCAAAGAUACCAGGGCACAAGCAUUCCAGUCUAUUGCGGUACCAUUUAUCUCGACAAAUCGAUAAAUCAGCCUGCAGUCGAUGAGAUUCACUAUCUUCUGCUCCUUUCUUGGGCAGGCGAAGCUCUCGAGGACACAGAUAUCGACCACGAAGACUUGAUAGCGGUAGACGCGAUGGUCGAGCCACAACUUCUGUCAUUACUGCGCGGUAUGCACGAACUGCAAGUUGUACACGGUGACACUGUACGUCGGAAUUAUCUUUAUGAUGCGAACGCACAACGUUUUAUGUUGGUGGAUUUCGAGUUGAGCAGAUUAUACAACAACCGCCCUCCUUGCAAUACUGGUCUGUCAUGUCAAAAGACACGUCGCGACAAUAAAGGAAGACAGAAACCAUGUAUGUACUGCGGAGAGAAACUGAAGGCUGUAGAGGAGCUGCAUUUCAGGUUUCCAAGCACCAAAGAUGCUGCACAGUCCGAAGAGAUCUACGAGUGCAAUAGUCAGGUCGAGAGCUGCAGAAAGCAAAGGACACAUCACAUGGGGCUCCGUCGGCGGAUCGCAGACAAGUAG